CAUGGUAAUUGAAACCAUUGGUAACUAUGGACAAUAUCAACAACCAAAGUAGCACAAGGUCUAACCGUUUGUUUACAUAACUUGUUUAUUCAAAAUAAAUUUAUUCUUGCCAUUUAGUCUUCCAUUAAAAAAGAAUACUCCCUUUAAGCUGUUUUAGCUAGUGUCAAAACAAUUGCAAACUUUUUUUGUGGGGUGCUAUAAAGUAUCACAAAUUAUCAAUGUUAUUGCAACCAUCAAGCCUAUCAGAACAAUCAACAACUUCAAGCACAAUAAAUGUGCAUAAAACAGCAGAAACCAUUGUGAGUUCAAUAAUCAGACAUGCUUCUCUGUAUUUGGACGAGAGAAAUAAAAUAAAUGUAUCAACUAAAGCCCAGCAUUCUCAAUCUAAUGCUAACGCUACUGAAUCCUUCGUUGAAUUUGCGACUGAAUUUGUCAACAACUUGAUCCAAGAAGCUCAAGUAAAAGUAAAUUCUUUAAAUCUGAGUGGAAAGGUACUAGAAAGUGAAAGUUAUAUAAAAACCCAAUUGUAUCCAAAAACCAAAGAAGCAAAAGAUUCUCAGCAGGCUGUUUUAGAAGUUGCAACUUUUUUUAUGGACAAUGUUUUGAGUGAAGCUAAAAGAAGGGUGGAUCAGAUCUUGCUUAUGGGGGUUGAAAGGUUCAGACGUUACUCAAAUGUUGACAAUUUCAAAGUAAAAGAUGGUUUGGAAAUAGUCGCCAGAUGCAUUAGUCGCUGGUCAUUUAAUCCACACUGGUACUUCAAGAUAAUUUAUAAUGGAAGAUUGGUUAGUGACAGCCACUCAUAUUUUUAUACGGUAAGAUGGAGUGUACCAAGUCUUGCUUUUCCCGUAGCUCAAGUAACAGCUGAUAUAUACUUCCACAUAGAAGUGAUACCUAUGACACCUCCUCCAGUAUACAUUCAGGUGUGUUAUCGACUAGAGACUGAUCGCUCGAACAGAUGCGCUCUGAAAACUCCAUUUUUAGAAAAAUGGCUUCAUACAGUCAUAAAGAGGAAACUGGAGGCAUUUCAAAUGUUUACAUUCUAAAAAAUUCUUUUUGUCAACAUAUUACUAUUUAUAUUGAAUGUGUGGUUGUCAAAAUGUUUUCACCUUUCAAACACAUUGUACUUGUACAUCAGUACUGCAAAGUUGUCUAUAGUUUGAACACAAAACGCAAAUUUAAGUUUGGAUUUUUUCUUCUGAAACAUAGUAUUCUUCAUAACAAUCCAACAAGACAACACUAAUAAAAAUUUUAAAAUAAAACAA